UCCUUUGAGAGCUUAAGCCUCUUUCUUUUUUUUUCUUGGGGUUUCAAUGGAAGAGGAUGAUCAGAAAGAGUUGCAGCUGCUUCCUUCUCAACACUCUCUAGCAGCUUCUUCUUGUUCUUAUUCACACAUGUCGUCUAGGCGUCCGGAAUCUUCUUCGUUGAGGUAUCGAUCAUCAUCGGCGAUGGUGUCAGAUCAUCAUCAUCAAAUUGGAGGGGCGCCAUCGCUAGACUUGAAAUUAUCAAUCAGUCUUAGUCCAAUCCAGGCACCAUCUAACUGUGUUUUAACAGGUCCCAUUUGUGAUUUCAGUGAUGGGAAUAAAGCGGAUACGAGCUGCGUGGAGGCUUUGAAAUGGCAGGCGGCGGAGCAAAUUAGAUUGGCUGCCAUUGAAAAAGCUUAUGCAGAGAGAGUGAGGGAGCUGACAAGAAGGGAGAUGGAGUUGGCGCAAUCGGAGUUUGCAAGGGCAAGAAGUAUGUGGCAAAGGGCUAGAGAGGAGGUGGAAAAAGCGGAAAGAAUGAAGGAGAAAGCAACAAGGCAGAUGGAUUCUACGUGCAUGGAGAUCACUUGCCAAUCUUGCAGGCAAAGGUUCAAGCCUUAAAUUAAUAUAUGCUUUUGUGAUGAGAUUUGAAACCCUUGAAGACAAGAUAAGAAAGAUAUUAUUCUAUAGGGGCCAAAUUGUUGAGUUUGAAUAUUUGGGUAUUGGAUUCCUCCUUCCUUCACCAGAACAGAAGAAUUAAAGGAUAAAGAUCAAGGACACAACAUAAGUGGCAUGAAAAAAGUUUGCAGUGCCCAUAAUUUGUUUUCCCCAAUUUUCAUCAUUAAUUGUGAUGCGUUUGAUUAAUAAUUAUAUGACUCAAGAAUUUAUUUGAAACCCAGAUAACAU